AUGGGCUCUUCCUCACUCUCUGAGCCUGCUUCUGCCUCAUCUUCAGUGGAAGUUGUAUGGACUUAUAUUGGUAAUGAAAGGAAGAAACAACCUCCACCAAGCUUUUUGUCUCAGCACAUUCCAGGACUCUCUAACUCUCCAAACUCCACUUCUUCAGGAUUCAGUUCAGAAGAGUCAGUUGUAAGGUCAUUUUACUCUGAAUUUGGAAUCAGUUUAGAUGGCUACUCCAGGUUACAGCAGGCUGUUUACUGGGAUGGGCCUGACAGAUCAAUCACAAAUGUGUCCACGAGUACUAGUCCAGCCCACACCACAUUCAACAUUGAGAACCUGAAAGAGAGCUACCAAACUGGUGAGGAGCUUUUUGUUACGGUGCACGCAAAGGACUUUGACAGUAAAUCCAAGAGUUAUGGAGGCGACUUUUUUCAAGCCAAGCUGUUCUGGUCUAAAACUAAGGCCAGUGUGUUUGGGGAGGUGGUGGACCUGCUCAAUGGCUCCUACUCUGUGCGUUUCCUCCUGCCGUGGGUCGGCGAGGCCCAGGUGGCUGUGCGUCUAAUUCACUCCAGUGAAGCUGUGCAGGUCCUGAAGCAUCACAGAGAUACUGACUCUGACAGGGUGUACUUUUAUGGAUUUUACGAGGGACCAGGACCAAAUAAGACCAGGCUGAGUGAAGCAGUGAUGUGUAAUGUUAAGUGGGACAAGAAUGGACUAGAGCAUAUGGGAACUGGAGACUGUUGCUGUGAAUACAAAGAUCCCCGUACCGAAGAAAUAUGGCGCUGCCAGAGACCCAAAUCCCUGCCAUGCAGUGCCCGUGUGUACCACUCUAUGGGCGGUUAUAGAAACCGAUUUAGAAAUUAUAGCUAUGCACAUAAUCUAUGA